CAGAACUUUCUCCCCUCACUCCUCAACCUUUACCCUCAGCACCAGCUUUAGCUCUUUCUGAACCCUCACCCCUUUUUUCUUUUAUGAUUUUCACAUCUUUUUACUCCCCAUCUGUUCCCGAGUUCUCAUUCCUUUCUAAGUCUUUCAUUUGCCUCUUUUUGCUCUUUUGAUAGCUGGGCUUCACUCAGAAUUUCCCUCUGUCAUUUCCCCUCACAGAUUCACAGAACUCUGCGGUCCCUCUCUGAGACCUUUUGUUGAGUCUGCAGCUGAUCUCUAGAUUGCAACAGAGAUACUAUACACCCACUGCAGCUUUCAGCCAGACAAGCUGGAGAUUGAACCAAAUUCUUUCAAAGAAGAAUCUCUGGCUGAGGUAAAUCUGUAGCAGAGGACCAGCAGCCGCAGCAGCGUUGAUGCGACCAUGAGGUCAGAGGCCUUGUUACUCUACUUCACGCUACUGCAAAUAGCCGGGGCGGGCUUCCCCGAGGACAGCGAGCCCAUUAGCAUCUCACACGGCAACUAUACAAAACAGUAUCCAGCGUUUGUAGGCCAUAAACCUGGCAGGAACAACACCCAGCGGCACAAACUGGACAUCCAGCUCAUCAUGAUCAUGAACAGGACGUUAUAUAUUGCUGCCAGGGAUCACAUAUACACAGUGGACACAGACACUGCCAACAGUGACGAGAUCUUUUUCAGUAAGAAAAUGACGUGGAAGUCCCGGCAGGCGGACGUGGACACCUGCAGAAUGAAAGGGAAGCACAAGGACGAGUGUCACAACUUUAUCAAAGUCCUCCUGCAGCAAAACGAUGACACCUUGUUUGUGUGUGGAACAAAUGCUUUCAACCCCUCUUGUCGAACCUACAAGACGGACACUCUGGAGGCCCUGGGAGAGGAGAUCAGUGGGAUGGCACGCUGCCCAUACGAUGCCAAGCACGCCAAUGUUGCCCUGUUUGCAGAUGGCAAGCUGUACUCGGCCACCGUAACAGACUUUCUAGCGAUCGAUGCGGUCAUCUAUCGUAGCCUUGGAGACAGCCCGACUCUGCGCACUGUCAAACAUGACUCCAAAUGGCUUAAAGAACCCUACUUUGUGCAGGCGGUCGAUUACGGCGACUUCAUCUACUUCUUCUUUCGAGAAAUUGCCAUGGAGUACAACACAAUGGGAAAGGUGGUGUUCCCUCGGGUGGCUCGGGUCUGUAAGAACGACCGUGGCGGCUCCCCUCGAGUCCUGGAGAAACAGUGGACCUCAUUCCUAAAGUCCCGCAUGAACUGCUCAAUCCCGGGUGACUCCCACUUUUACUUCAACAUCCUGCAGGCUGUGACAGAUGUCAUCCACAUUAACGGGAGGGAUGUGGUGAUGGCAACCUUCUCUACACCCUACAACAGUAUUCCAGGCUCAGCGGUGUGUGCUUAUGACAUGGCGGAGGUGGCCAACACGUUCACAGGGCGUUUCAAAGAGCAGAAAUCCCCUGACUCCACCUGGACGCCUUUUCCUGAAGACAAGGUUCCAAAGCCAAGACCUGGCAACUGUGCCGGCACUGCAUCCAUGGAGAGGUACAAGGUUUCCAACGAGUUCCCCGACGACACACUCAAUUUCAUCAAGAUGCAUCCUCUGAUGGAUGAGGCGGUGCCCUCCAUCGCUAACAGGCCCUGGUUCCUGAAGACCAUGGUCCGAUAUCGUCUGACACGCAUUGUGGUGGACAAUGAGGCGGGUCCCUACAAGAACCAAACAGUGGUCUUUCUUGGAUCCGAAAAAGGCAUCAUCCUCAAGUUCCUGGCUAAGAUGAACAACGGCUUCCUCAAUGACAGCCUGUUUCUGGAGGAGCUCAACGUCUACAACCCUGAUAGGUGCAGUAUAGAUGGCGUGGAGGACAAGCGCAUUGUUGGCAUGCAGAUAGACAGCAAGAGUCACGCUUUGUGGGUCGCUUUCACCUCCUGUGUGGUUAAAGUGCCGCUUUCUCGCUGUGAGAGACACGGAAGAUGCAAGAAGUCUUGUAUUGCCUCCAGAGACCCGUACUGUGGUUGGGUGUCGGAAGGAGCCUGCCGACAGGUGGCCAGCAACACUAAAUCAGCCUUUGAGCAGGACGUGGAGCAUGGUAACACAGAUGGCCUGGGAGACUGCCAAAACACCUUUGUGGCGCUGAACGACAUUCCUUCCAGUUAUGAAGGCCACCAUCACCGUCACCACCACCACACCCUCACACUCCCCACCCCGGCCCUACCCGAGGCCGCCGAGGGCCCCCUGGGGCGGGGCCGCAUGGUGGAGCGGAAGGACCCCCCCAUGAGCUCAGACAAAGGGGAGGAGCCCUACGUGGCCGUGCCCUCUCAGACUCAGCCCGAAGCGAAUGGUGUGAUCCGCGAAAGCUACCAGAAGGGCCGGGACCAGCUCGUUCCUGUGACCUUGUUGGCCAUCGCAGUCAUCCUUGCCUUCGCCAUGGGCGCCAUCUUCUCUGGCAUUAUUGUCUACUGUGUCUGCGACCACCGACGGCGAGAUAUAGACCUGACAGGCCGCAAAGAAAAAGACAACCACCACCUCCACUCCCGCCGGGGCUCCAUGAACAGUGUGACCAAGCUGACGGGCCUGUUUGAGACACAGGCCAAAGACGGUCGUCCUGAGGCGAUCCUCACUCCUCUGAUGCACAACGGGAGACUGACACCCAAUGGGAAGAUGCUGAUAAAAGCGGACCAGCACCACCUGGACCUCGCUGCUCUGCCUACGCCCGAAUCCACCCCCAUGCAGCCACGUCGGAAGCCCAGCAGAGGCAGCCGGGAGUGGGAGAGAAACCAGAACCUCAUCAACGCCUGCACCAAGGACAUGCCACCCAUGGGCUCUCCUGUCAUCUCUACAGACCUGCCCUUGAGGGCCUCACCAGGGCACAUCCCAAGUGUAGUCGUCCUGCCUCUGCCACAGCAUCAACACCAGCUCCAGCCACACCUGCAGCAGUCCUACCAGCAUGAGUACGUGGAGCAGCCGCACCACAGUGAGCUCGGCAUGGGCCAUGGUGUCAUGGACGACCAGGGGGCCACGCUGGAGUACAAGACAGUGAAGAGCCCGUGUCACAACCUUACCAUGGUGGAUCCAGAUGGGAUUCUGCCACCACGUGUGCCCCAGCGAGAGGCUUCACUCACCAUCCCACCAGCCGUCCCACAGAUGGGAAAACGCCUGGAGGUCCACUCGUCGGUGUACGGGCUCCGGAAAGGUUCAGCAUCUUCUGCUUCAGGAUCCUCCGUCUUAAAGAAGCACAACACCAAUUCAUCCAACUCCUCCCAUUUGUCGAGACAUCACAGCUUCAACCGUGUGGAGACUCCGCCCCCUGCGCCUCAGAGGGUGGACUCCAUACAAAUGACAGCUCAGGGCAUAUCUCUGUCUCGGCAGCCCAGUAUGAGCUCUUACGGUUCACUGCCUCGAACGGGCAUCAAAUAUCUCAAACCCGAUGUCCCCCCUAAACCCUCUGUAGUCUCACUCUCCACAAAAGUCAAGUCCAGUGACUCGUGCACAUAGUCAGAUAGUUAACCAGUCAGUCCAAUGUGAACAGACAGUAGUGAAAGUUUUUUUCUGAAAGAGAGAAAAAACAGGGAAUACUGUACAACUUGCAUCUCCUUUUAGUGUUUCUUUUUGUUUGAUUUUGAUGUACAGUACAGUGGAAAAUGCAACACAUUUUUUUUUAAAGAAAACACCUUCUUUUUAUAUAAAUAUGUAAAUAUUAUACAAAUGGUUGUCGUCAUUUGUUGCAGCCAUAGAGCUCAUGCUCCGGCUGGUUCCUCUGUAAACACACAUGGGAACAUGUGCUACUGAAAACCGAAGAAGAUGAAGCUGUCCUGAAUAUUUCAUCCAAACGGCGCCCUGUAGCAUUCAAGGCGGUGGCUCUCUCUCUUGUUUGUGGUGUCUUUUCGCCGCUGGGACUUGACCUGAUACUUUAUCACGCUGGUAAAAGCACAUAAGAUGACAGCACGGGGAGGAAUUGGAGAUAAUCGUUGUACAGUAUCUUGAGGACUGGGAGAUCUAAGUGAGUGAGGAAGCACUCAGAGAGAGACUGAGCUCGGACUGAAAGGACAGACAGCUGCCUGAGUUUUUCAGAAACUGUGAAAAAAGCCUCUCAGUGUUACAGCAAUCAAGUCCUGCCUGACUGAAAGCCAGAGGAACCUUCUACUGUACUGGUUACUGAAUAACACAUGACUGUUAAUACUAAUAGCUUGUUGUAUUUAUUUUUAUUAAGUGCUUUUGAAAAAAAGACUGACUUUUUAGGCUUGGUGAGACAGAGAGAGGACAGAGAAGAGAUCUUUUAAUAUGAAUUAAUCAAGUAAGAGAAAAAAAAACAUAUUUAAAGUCAUUAAACUGGAGCCCGUAGAACUUUCUUGAUGACUUAAGGUCCACUAGGUCUUACCGUGUGCUCAGUGGGACCGGCAGCUUGAGAUAUAUGUGACCUCUGUGAAGAGGAGGAGAUAUUUAUUUAAACUGUGCCAGACAGGGACUUUUACCUUCAUGGACCACAAUUUCCAUCGUUUUUGACCAAUCAUAAAAAAAGACUUCCUGUUAUCGUACCCUUUUCACUCCUCCCCUCCAAUCAGCACUGUGGUUUUUGUGUGAGUCGGUAACAUUUGUCCUGAUUGGUUGCUGGCUUACCGGUGCCAUCAAAGCUCACUGUUGCAUGUUGCAAAUACAAGAGAAGCAGCUGCAGCAACAGUGUGAGAAUCUGCAAACACACACAUUCAAAAAGAAGCUGUAAGAAGUGACGCUGCAAGCAAAGUGAAGCGAUGCAUACACUUGGAGAGUUACUUGGUUUGUAGCGGCGUCACACAGAAGUGCAGGCGAAAAAGAAAAGUCUAAAAACAUCUGUAUGGCCUGCUUCUUUUUCCACAUGUAAAUUUGUGCCUUACACCCCUAAAGUAGUGACAAUGUUUUCUUUAUUAGCUGUUAACUUUGUCUCCUUGUAGUAUUUUAUUUUUUAUUUUUCUUACAUCAUGAUGUUUCCCUGGUUUGAUAAAAAUGCAAUUAAAGAAUGUAGGUGUUAUUGUUGUAAUUCUGGUCCCUAGACAUAAAACACUUACAGUCCAGAGGGAAGAGAGGAAGGAGGAUUUACAUUUCCUCUUUCACUUUUUCUCUCUCUAACACACACAUGCACACACACAAACAAAAAAAAAUGUAUACACACACACAGAGACACACACACACACACCUACACACAGUCAUCUUUGUGGUUCAUUUCUGAUUGUGCCAUUAAUGCGCUUAAAGCAACCCUUUAUGUUGUGCUGGCAGUGUCGAUGAAGACGUUGUGUUUUGAUUUUAUUUUUUAUACAAUUUCAACGUCCUGUUUUUUUUUUUUUUUUACUGUUUUUUUCCUUUUGCUGUCUGUUGGUUUGGAGUAACGGUCGAUUGACUGAUUAACUGAGCAAUUAACAUUUGUUACUUGAGAAGGCCAAUGUAUGUGUAUCUUCCUGGUCCACUGCAAUAAUAAUAAUCAUAAUAAUAAAAGCAGCGUCAACACUAGCAAGUAAGAAACACACAUGGGCACCGAGAGUACUAACACACUUCUAGGCUUCUUGUGUGCAUUGUAACACAAAUUUGUUAGGCAGUAUCAUAAACAGGCUGGUUCCUGUGAAGAAGGUUGACAAUUUAAAAACAACAAUUUUAAAAAGUUGCUUCUUUAACCCCGUUUUUGUAAACGAAAACACAGUUAAAAUGUGUUUUUAUUGUGCUUCACUAACUCUCAUUAUCAAGGCCUUAAAUAUGGCGGAGAGUUUGACUAAUCUGACCUUUAUAUGUUAUGUUUUUCACUCCCUUUUUUUCUGGAGGAUUUUGUAUUGAUUACCUCCCCCUCUGAACACGUAAAUCAACAGAGCACUCCCUCAGUGUCGUAUGUGUAGAUAGGUUUCUCAAUAUCAAGCAAUGUUCUGUUUCUCAAUGGAGGAAAGCCAACUAUGUCUCAAUCCACAGCUAAGAAGAAGAGGACGCGUAGGAAGUGUGACCUGACUAAUGUGUAAAUAGAUGCUGGAUGCAAGUGGCAGGGUCCUGGUGCAACAGAUGAGGUCAUAGCAGGAAGAAGGUGCCUCUUUAGGAACAAGGUCUGGGUCAAUUGAGACAGUUAACCAAGCUAUUGUUUGAAGCUUUGAUCUUCAAAGUACAAACGGCCCAAAAUUAAUAAGAAGUCCAAACUUCCAUAACAUGAAUCAGUAACUUUCCCAGGCCUGAAACUAUGCUGAUCCAAAACGAAAUAUUUAAAAAUAUUCAUUUGCCCUCUUAAAGUAUAAACAUCAAAUCAAAGUCCACAUUCUGUGUUGGCUAGGACAUUUAGAUUUAAGAUUCUCUAACAAGUUUUUGAUGUCAGGUUUGGGUUUGAAAUUUCAAAAGGCUGGAUUGCGUUUGACUGUGAAGGCUGCUGUGGACAGUGAGGUUCUUUGGUGUGUGCCUUUUUUUGUCUUUCACCCUUGUUAUACUCCACUGCUCUUAGAUGCAAAAUCAACAACUCUCUUCUCAACUUCUCGACCUUUUGAACUUUGUAAGCUUGUAAGAUAUUGUGACGUCACAAAGUUUUUUGCCCUACUCUCUUCACUUCCUUAACAUCUGAUUCACAGCUUAAUGUAUGUUGUAAAGAAAACUCUUUAAUUUAAUGCAAAAUGUAAUAAAAAAAUAAAAAGAAAAUAAAAUUCUCGUCA